CAUUUAUGCAAAUUGACAAACAAGAGACGCAGCAACAACCCAAAGACCAAAGCUUUCAGACACUAGGAACAUCCAAGCAGCCGGAAAUGGACUCUUUUCCGGUCCCGGACGAGAUUGCCCUUAGGAUCGCUUCGUUACUCGAGGUGUGGGAUUUGUGUGCGUUGGCUUGUUGUUGUAGCUCUUGGAAGGAGCUCUGUGGGUCUGAUUGCCUGUGGGAGUCUCUAACAAUAAAGAGAUGGCCUUCUCUGGAAUUCUCAGAUGAAUCUGAGUCUGAGUCUGAGUCUUCUUCUUCAACUGCAAUCAAAAGGCCGAAGGACAAGGGGUGGAGGCUUUUUUAUGAGGAGAUUCACAACCAGAAGGCUGCUAUUGCUGCCGAGGUGAUUGAUUAUGUGGAAAAAUGUUCAAUACAUGGAUCCCUUGAGGUUACACAUUAUCAGAAAACAAUUUGGGACUUGUACGCGAUCAAAUUUGGAUACGAGGAUGCUGUAUUCUUCCUUUUGAAGCCGAGUCUGGGUGUGCAACUCAAUCUACUUGGUUUGCACUAUUGCCUGAAUUGGCUAAAAAUGCCGGUAUGUCUUUUACUUAUGUGUCUACUUCUGAAUUUGGGUUACAAAUAUAUGUUUCUUAGUCUUUUAUAUGCUAUUGCAUUGCAUGAUACUCUGUUACUUCAACCUACGGUUGAAGAAAAAACUGAUCACAACAUCAUCCAAUCUCAUGUUGUAACUGCUCUGUAUAUACAUUUAGUUAUUGAAAUACAUAAUUGGCAGACCACUCGUGUUGUACAAACACUCCGAAGAAAGAAGAUAGCAGCACGGGAACUUUGUGUUAGAUGGUGGACGCUUGGCAAAUGGUCCAAUGGCUACGGUAUUCGCAUGAAUGAUGAACUGCAUUCUCAUCAAUUCACACUAAUGAAUAUUGCAAUUGGCAAAAACGAGGAGGUUCUUGCAGCGCUUUAUCGUGGUGCUAUUCAUGAGGUACUACGCGUUCAGAUCACGUUCGGCUAAGCCCUCAAGUACACCAUCAUCUUCCUUGCGUAUAUUUUGAAGAGUCGGUGGAUUCAGCAGGAAUGACAACGUUUGUAGACAUUGUUCUCAUAGUUUUUGCAUAAUGUUCUUGAUCUCUGUUGUUGUAUGUGUUGUGUAUAUACACAUUUACUCUAUACUAAAACGUGUACAGCGUCGAUCACUGUUCAUACGUACCCCUAUGAACUUACAUGUACGUCCCGCUUUCCCGUCUAUUUGCAGUUUUGCCAUUACCCCUACGAACUUACAUGUUUGUCCCGCUUUCCCGUUUAUUCGCAGUUUUGCCAUUAGUUCUUAUAUAUUUAUUAACUGCUGGACUGGAUCGAUGCCUACCUCUUCUUUCUUCCUCUCCCUUGCCUCUCUGCAUACUGCGAGUUACGUCCU